UUGUGUGUAUAUUAUACGACAUCUUCGUCAAUUGGGACUGAUUUUGUUGAUCAUUUUUUAAUUAUAUUUAUAUUUUUAUUAAAUUUGGUUAUAGGCGUAGGAAAAGGUGAAAUUGUUAUUAUACCACGAAUCCCUAUAAUUCCCACAGAUCUUCCUUUUCAAUUCAAAAGGUUGCAGUUCCCUAUUAAGUUCAGUUUUGCAAUGACAAUUAAUAAAGCGCAAGGGCAAACGCUACAGGUAGCGGGGGUCAACUUAGAAAAACCGUGCUUCUCUCAUGGUCAGCUGUAUGUAGCAUGUUCGCGUGUGUCAAAUGCCCAGAAUCUCCACAUUCUUUGCCCGAAUGGAAAAACAUAUAGCAUUGUGUACAGUAGCGUCUUAAAAUAG